GCGUGCGCGGUGACGCGCGGGGCCGUGCCCGCUAUAUGAGCCCCGGCCGGCGCUGACUCGGCCCUUUCCGCCCCGCUCCCGCCCCGCGCCCGGGUCGCUGCGCUGAGACCCCGCGCCCCCGCCGCCCCCCGCCGCCGCCAUGAUCAUCUACCGGGACUGCAUCAGCCAGGAUGAGAUGUUCUCGGACAUCUACAAGAUCCGGGAGGUGGCGGACGGCCUGUGCCUGGAAGUGGAGGGGAAGAUGGUCACCAGGACAGAGGGUCAAAUUGAUGACUCUCUAAUUGGUGGCAAUGCCUCUGCUGAAGGUCCUGAGGGAGAUGGAACAGAAGCCACGGUCAUAACUGGUGUUGACAUAGUAAUUAACCACCACCUUCAGGAGACCAGCUUCACAAAAGAAUCCUACAAGAAGUACAUCAAGGAUUACAUGAAAGCAAUCAAAGCCAGACUUGAGGAACACAAGCCAGAGAGAGUAAAGCCUUUCAUGACUGGGGCUGCAGAACAAAUCAAACACAUCCUUGCCAACUUCAAAAACUACCAGUUCUUUGUAGGGGAGAACAUGAAUCCAGAUGGAAUGGUGGCUCUCCUGGAUUUCCGUGAGGACGGUGUGACCCCAUAUAUGAUUUUCUUUAAGGACGGCUUAGAAAUCGAGAAAUGUUAACAAAUCAAACAGUAUGGUUUUGGAUCACUUGUCUUCAUAGCUGGCUGCUGUUUCUUCUUCAUCGGCACAACACCAGGAAUCAGCAAUGUCUAACUGGACUGAUGUCAUCUUGAGCUUUAUUCACUUAUUUUGACCCUGAUUUGGAGUGGAGGCAUUGUUUAAAAAAAAACGAAAAAACAUCUAUCAUGUAGGUUGUCUAAAAUAAAACUCAUUUAAACCCA